CCUCGACAACAAGAACAACUCUCCUCGAAAGCAUCUGCAAGCAUGGCGCCCAGAAGCUAUUCGAAGACUUAUAAAGUUCCUCGCAGACCAUUCGAGUCUGCUCGUCUGGACUCUGAAUUGAAGCUCGUCGGCGAGUACGGUCUGCGCAACAAGCGUGAAGUCUGGCGUGUCCAGCUUACCCUCUCCAAGAUUCGUCGUGCUGCCCGUCAACUACUCACCCUUGACGAGAAGGACCCCAAGCGACUCUUCGAAGGAAAUGCCCUCAUUCGUCGUCUCGUUCGUGUCGGUGUCCUUGACGAAUCUCGCAUGAAGCUCGAUUACGUGUUGGCCUUGAAGAUUGAGGAUUUCUUGGAGCGUCGUCUACAAACUUGUGUCUACAAGCUCGGUCUCGCCAAGUCCAUUCACCAUGCCCGUGUCCUCAUCCGUCAACGACACAUCCGUGUUGGCAAGCAAAUCGUCAACGUACCAUCCUUCGUCGUUCGUCUCGACUCUCAAAAGCACAUCGACUUCGCUCUGAGCUCUCCAUUCGGUGGUGGACGUCCUGGCAGAGUUCGUAGAAAGCGUGCUAAGGCUUCCGAGAAGAAGGAUGAUGGUGAGGAGGAAGAGGAUGAGGAGUAGAUGGUUGCAGUCCAUUCUUCGAACGGUCAGCAGAGCAGAGCACCGGCGUUGUGGCAUUGGGGCAUCAGCAUAACAUGUAGCUUGCUUCACAAAACACGAAUACUAGGGUGAUUUGCGAUCAUGAACAUUUGUGUUCUUUUUACAUGUGAAUUGACCCUAUUUCCAAGUAUCCUUCAGAACUGGACAUUCAGCACCAUCCGUCAACGGGUUAUUUUUCGUGACACACGAUACUAUGUUGAAAAGAAC